GGUCCGGUCCAUCGUCCAUCUCCAUACGGCCAUAGCGCCAUACGCAUUACGCGUGUAACCGUCACGAGUUGGCGCGCAAACCGUCGCGUUCUCUAUUGUUGUGUUCAUUGCUCGUUCGUUUGUUCGUUCGUUCGUUUUCGUUUAACGUAAAUGACAAGCAUGCGUAUACGUGUGUCCUGAUUGUCCUGAUCCCCUCGCACAUUCAUGUUAAGUGACCGUCGGUCAUGUCGUUCUUAAACUUUUGAAUAUUUUACAUUGGGUAAUUUUUGUGAUUGUUCGUGAUCGGUUGUUUUUUCCUGAACGCCUGGCCGUGGUGAGACUUCACCGUCAGUUAAAUCCCGUCACACCUCGUAMUAGUCGCAUUGAAAAAUACUAUGGACAGCCAAAAAUCAAUAAAAACCUAUUAUGGGUUUUUAUUGGUAAAAAAAGUUGGUGGAGCGAUUUGUGGACGCUUUCCAGUUACUAAAAAAGAGUGCACUUUAGGUCGUGAUAGUAGCUGUGAUAUAAGGAUUCUCUUAGAAAAAGUUUCAGCUCAACAAUGUAUCAUACUAUGUGUUGACAAUAAAGCAUAUAUUCGUGACAAAAGYAUUGCGGGUUCAACCAAAGUCAAUGGAAAGAAGGUUGGCAGGAGUAAUUUUUUAUUGCAUGAUUCAGAUGAAAUUGAAAUUUGUGGAAGAAAAUUUGUUUGGGAAUAUCCUAAAAAGCCACAUGGAGAAUUAAGUAAUUUAUCCAGCAAAAAGUCUGGGAUAAGGAGUGAUCAUUUAUCACCAAGAGCAACAGAACGUUUUCCAAAUCAAGUCAUCACCCCRCUGGAUAACAACAAAAAUUUUCCAACUUCGGCCUCUAGCAACAUGAAAACUCCCUCAAAAACAAUAAUAAGCUUUAAUAAAACACCAAUUAUUGUCACCACAGAAAAUAUGUCUAAAUCUUCAUUUGAUGAAGUGCAAAACAGCUUUCAGAAUCAAAAAUCAACUUCAACUGCUUUUUCAGGAUCUAAAUUAAUGAAAUCAUAUUCAAUGACUCCUGUUCGAAAUAUACCGCUUCUUGGAGACUAUAAAACCACUCAAAGAAAAUCAUGGAUUGUUACUAAUACAUCUGAUAAUUCAUCAAUUGGAGCUCAUAACAGAUUAUCUACUGAAAGAUUAAAGAGAGAUUCUACUCCUGACUUAAAUUCUAGUUAUCAUUACGAAGAUGAGGACGUAGAAUUUGAUUCUCCUGAUCCACCAGGUAUUGCAUUGAAUAAUGAAGAUUCUAUUGAAAAAAAUACUACUGAUUUAGCUGAUAACAAUUCUCCAGUUGAUAACGAAUUGGAGUUAAAUGAUAAAGAUGAUGAUAUUUUACAAUCCAAUAAAUGUGAUAAAUUAUCAGUUUCUGAACCAGGUACAUCUAGAAGAGAUACAUACUCUAUUGAUAAUAGACCCAUGGUAAUUGAAGAAAAUAAUAGACCUAUAGUAAUUGAAGAAAAUACUACACCUACUCCAAGACGUUCUAUUUUGAAGUGUUCCAAAACAACUAAACCUAAUCGAUCGAGGUCAAGUUGUCGAAUGGUUCAGUUUGCUCGUUUACCAAAAACAGAUAGUAAGAUUAAAAAUACAAAGACUCGAUUAAAUCCAGGAUUUAAUUUUAUUGUUACUGAUGAUGAAAAUAAUGUGAUGGAUUCAAAUCAAAGUACUACAAAUUCAGCACAGUUUGAUGUUCAAGAAUAUGAUGAUGAUUUAGAUGGUGUGCAGCCGUUAGAUAUUAGUGUUUCAUCUCUAAUUAAUUCACCAAUUUUAGAUAAUAGUAUAAAUAAAUCGUCAAAACGAGGUUCAAGAGGUAACAAAGUAAUGAGUCUUGUAAAUUCUAUUGAAAAGCGCUCCAAUGAAUCUUCCAAACAUAGUAUUCGAGCAUCUGAUUUGUUAAGUAUGAACGGAACAAAACACUUAGAAACAUCACCAAAUAAUGAUUCUCAAAAUAAUGAAAAUAUAUUACAAGAAUCAGUUUCUUCAGCAAGACGAGUAAAUUUGGAAGAUAUUUUUGAAGCCGAAGAUUCUCUUAAAACUACUUGUAAUAUUGAAAAUGAAACUUCAGCUUAUGAAAGUAAAGAAAGUCCAAUACAAAGUGUUGAGAUAGUUUCAAGUCCCAAAACAAAUUCAUUUAAUAUUACAGACACAGAUAAAAUACCAGAUAAUGUUUUUACUGAAGAUGUAUCAGAUAAUGAAAAAAAUGAUGUUGAAUGCGAGUACUCUUUUGCUUCACCAUUAAUUCUUCCAAAAAUCUACUCCAAUUCUAUUACAGUAAAUAAUAGUGAUUCAGCCUUUGUUGAUAAUGAAAAGGAUCAUAAUUCUACUGAAAUAAUUGAUAAUCAGUUUGAUUCAAAUUCAAAACUUGACAUAUCUUCACACAAAACAAAAGAUUCUAAAACGUCUACGAAUGAAAUUUUAACAAAGUCUAUUAAUGUUGAAAGUCUUGCGAUAAAUCAUGAAUCAAGUACUACAUCGACAUAUAAUGACAAGAUUGAUGAAACGCAAAAAGAUAAAUCUAAUCAUCAUGGAAAAAUUGUAGAUGAAGAAAUUUGUUCAAAUGAUGUUGAAACAYUAAUUAAUAUCAAUAAUUUAUCUGACAAAAUUAAACCGCUAAGGAAGGAACAUAAUUUAAAACAGAAAGAUGAUUCUGAAUUUUUCAGUAAUGAUGUAUGUAUCAAUGAGAUCCAACCACCGCCAAAACAAAAUCCUGGUUAUGACCUUGCAUCAAAUGAUAAUGCACAACUAGUUCAUAAUUCUACAGAUUUAAAUGUAGAUCAAAUUGACAAACAAAAUAAUGUUUCAAAAGUCGUUGAACAAACGCUUAAUGGUGAAACUCCAUCAAUAUUAGUUCAAAGUAUGUCUGAAAUGUUCAAUGCAAGUAUUGAUGAACACGAAACCACACUUUCACAACAUAGGGAAAACCUGGUAGAAACUUAUGUAUUAAUAGAAAAAGAUGAUCUACAAAAUUCAUUGGGGGUGAAUGAAAUUAAUAAAGUUAAUCUGGACAAAUGUAAUAAAACAUUGAGUGAAAACAGUAUUUUAUCAAAUAAGUCUGUGAACAAAAGCCUUAUGGAAGCUAUUGAAGUACAGCUUGACAAAAUGCAUAGUGAAAAUGAUCCAAUUACUAUUUGUACUGAAAAUGAAAAUAUUCUUGUUGAUUCAAUGUUAGAUUUAAAUAAACAGAAAACAUUAACAUCAAAUGUAGAUCUUGAAGUAACAGAUACUGAAAAUAUUACUUUAAAAAUAAAUGAUAAUCUAUCAAAUAAUUCACUAAAUACAAUUACAGUUGUUGAAUCCACAGAAAUUAUAUCGAAACCAAAAUCUCCAGCAAAAGAUAAUGUUAGUAACAAUUGUUUAACAGAUGUUGACCAUAUGAAUGUUUCUGAAUUGCCCCCCAGAACAGCAGUUGAUGAAAACAAUUCUGUGCCAAGUAUAAAUCUAAAUAGCAAUAACUCAAAUAAAAUUAUACCCUCAGACAACGUUUCUGUGAAGAAUAUUUCUCCAAAACCAAAUGCAAAGAAAUUGAUAAAUUUGAAUCAAUUAAAAACUGCUCUUGGUGCAAACACUUCUAAAGAGUUAAAAAAAUCUGUAAGAUCAUCAAUGAAUAAAUCUAUUGGACACAAGUUUCGUAAAAUUGAUUCAACUAAAAGAAUUGCAGAAUUAUAUUUAUCAUCAUCUAGUGAUGAUAGUGAAAAUGAUACAACAAAUUUAGAUCAUUCAUUAAAUACAUCUAUUGGUAAACCUCGGUAUGAAUCUACCCCUUGGACUAGUUCCAAAAGUUCAAAAACACCUUUUACUUCUACUGCAAGUCAACAGCCAAAUGAAACUGCAAGAGAUGAUUCUGCUGAAGAUGAAGAUAGAUCAAGAGAUAAUAGUCGUUCUCGAUCAGUUACACCAUUUGCUAGUCAAAAAGAAUGGUCUCAAAUGAUGAAAGAAUUCAAUGAAUCUGUUAAAAAAGCUUCUGUUAACAAUAAUGUAAAUAUAAACAAUACAAGUAUCCAUAAAAAAAGGUUGUUUGUUAAAAAAUUAAAAUUGCCACAAGUAUCCACACAAACACCAACAAAAGACUCAAAUGCUAAAAACAAUACAUCAGAAAUUAAAAAUAAUAAUUCUACACUACUGAAGUCAUCAAGUAUGUCUAAUAAUACUUCACAUGAUUCAGGUCAGGUUAGAAGAUCAUUGAGAAAUAAAUCUGCUCAUGCUAGAUCUGUUAGAAGAUCUAAUAGAUCUAAWAAAUUGCAAACCAGUCACACUGACAAUUAUAGUUCAUCUGAAACUAGCAAAAGUGAAGAAAUAUUGCCUAGAAAAAAUAAUUCCAAUAAUAAAAAAACUACUGAUAAAACAAACAAAUCAGCUAUUCAAGCAAAUACUAACUGUCCAAUGAAAACUAAAAUAAACAUUCCUGUCUUAAAUAUUGAUUCAGAUAAAGAUUUUGUUCCAAGUUCUGAAAUUGAGAAUUACUCUGCUACUUCAAGCUCAUCAGAAGAAGACACAUAUCCAUGUAGCCCAACUAAAAAACUAACUAAGAUUAAGAAGAAUAGUCUUAAGUCGCCAUUACCAUCAAUAAGUGUAAUUAAAAAUAAGUCAAAUAACGUUAUAAAAGAACAUGAUAAAAUACAAAUUACAGUUACUAAAGAUUCACAAUCAAGUAUUAAUAAUGAAAUUUCUUCAUCUUCAAGUUCUUCAGAUGAAAUACAAACAUUUGAAAGAGAAUUACGUAGAAGAAAACUUAUUAAUCCUUCUUGUACUAAAACAAUGAAAAAUGCAUUAAAUACUGAUAAAAUAAAAACAGAAAAAUCAAAACGUAAUACCUCAUAUAAUUCAGAUAUAUUGAAGUUAGAUAAAAAAAAUAAAUCUGCAAUUAAAUUAAAAUCUACCAAAACUUCAAAAACUGUUAAAACAAAGAAAACCACUAACUUGAGAUCAAAUUUGAAUUUACGGGCAAAACGUCUCUUACCUUCUAAACCAAUUAAAACGAGUACAAAAGAUUCUUCAGAAUAUGAAUCAUUAAGUGAAACUGAAGAGAKUAUUCAAAAACUACAAUCAGUUUCUCAUCCAUCUAAAUCAAUUAAAGAAAAAACUCUAAGGAAAGAUAUAAAUGUUGAUAAUAGUUUAUUAUCAUUAUCUACUAGACGUAGUCAAAGAGAAAAAUUAAAAAUGUCAGAUGUUUCAAUGCAAUCAAGAACACAAAGUCGCAAACGUGCAGCUAAUACGUCUUCUUUAACUCAAAUCAGUAAAGACAAGAAAAAAAAUGCGAAUUCAGUUACUCUGGCUUCAAAGUCUCCUAAGAAACAGAGUUACAUUCUAACUAGACAAAAUUCAGCAAUUUGUAAUUUAGCCUCUGAUUCUUUACCUGAAACUUCAAAGAAAUCUGCUAGUUUAAAAUCAAAAAAGAAUUCUCAGCUUAAUCGUAACAUACCUUCUAAACCAAUUGAAACAAAAAAAAAAGAUUCUGUAGAACAUGAAUUGUCUUCUGAAUCUGAAGAAAGUACUCAAAAAUCUAAAUCUACCAAAGAAAAAACUAAGAAAAAAGAUGUUAAUGUUGAUAGUAAUUUAUCCUCAUUAUCAACUAAACGCAAUCUAAGAGAAAAAGUCAAGACUUCAGAUAUUUCACUGCAGCCGCCAAAAACUCAAAGUCGCAAACGUGCUGCUGAUACAUCACCUAUAUCUCAGCCCAAUGCUAAAGGGAAAAAAUGUGAUAUUUCAUCCAAAGUUGCAAAUGCAGUUUCACGUGCUUCAAACUCUCCAAAUAUACGUACUCGAAACAUGUCAAAAUCAUCUGUUAAACAAGUUUCUGAUAGUUCUUUACCUGAAACAACAAUAGUCAAUAAAAAAGAAAGAAAAAAAUCAACUGAAAAAUUUAAACCAAAAUCAAAUGAAAAUACUCGAACCAAAAAACGUCAACUGAAUUCUGAAAAUAGUUCGUUUGACUCUGGUCCAUCUACCAGUAAAAAAAUUAGACAAGUAACUUUCAGAGGAGCUGAAUGUGAAAAUAAAAUGUCUGAUUCAUCUACUCGCACAACAUCUAAAACUAAAAUUCAAAAUACAGAUGAUUCUAUUGAGCCUAAUGCUUCUCUCAAAGUGAAAUACAACAAAAAUGCUGAAAAAUUAAGUUUACCAUUACAAAGAAAAACAAGGAAUGCUGAAAAGUCAAUUUCACCAGUUCAAAGGAAAACAAGGAAUGCUGAAAAGUCAAUUUCACCGGUUCAAAGAAAAACAAGGAAUGCUGAAAAAUCAAUUUCACCAGUUCAAAGAAAAACAAGAAAAGCAGCAAAACAAGCCGUUCCAAAGGAGAAAGAGACAGUUAUUUCUCCUCGAGUACUAAGAGUCCGGGACAAAAAAAAGUGAAAAAAUAUCCAUGAAUAUUUUUUAUGUAUAUUGUUUAUGUUAAUUUUAAUUUUUUGUUACUAAUUGACGUUUUUCUUAAGUAUAGUUUUUUUUUUAAUAUAUUCACUGUAAAAGAUACUAGAAUUAGAAAUAUUGAAUAUUAUUUUUUUUUUUUGAUUAUUACUAUUAAUAUAAUUAAUGCUAAACUUGUUUAAGCAAUUAUUUUAAUUACCUGUAAAUUAUUGUAGUUAAACCAAUUGUGUCAAUCAUGGUUUAUUAUAUUUCUUUAAAUUUUGUAUUAUUCCGUUGAUUCAUAAAACGGUUGUUUAUGUAAUUAAUUAUAUACUGUGUCAACAAAAUGUUAAAAUUUUGAUUUAUGGGUGAU